CCCGCCUCACUCAGCAGCCACCAGUAGUGGGAGCCGCUCGCUGAGCUGCGGGCGCUGCGCUUGUCGGAACAGGCGCCCUGGGGCCAGAGUGCUGGCCGGGUGCUAGAGCCGGCGGCUCCGGGGCUGCAGGUGAGCGGCAACCGCCAGGGCUGAGAGGGACCUGGAACGCGCAGUUUCGCGAUAACCAGGGCGUCCCUAGUUCACCCCGCCUGUCUCCGCAAACCAAAGGUGAGCUUCAGGCUUUCGAGGCGCAGUUCUAGCUGGGGCUCCGAGGGACUUGUCCCUGGAGAGGUCGGAUCGGCAGUCCGGAGACAGUUCCACGAAGCCCCGCAGGAGCCGCUUCUCCUGGUUUUCCACUUGCAGCCGCCCCACCAUGGACUCCCCGGUCCAGAUAUUCCGCGGGGAGCCGGGCCCCACCUGCGCACCCAGCGCCUGCCUGCUCCCCAACACCAGCGCCUGGUUCCCAGGCUGGGCCGAGCCGGACGGGAACGGCAGCGCCAGCUCCGAGGACGCGCUGCAGGAGUCGGCGCACAUCUCCCCUGCCAUCCCGGUCAUCAUCACGGCCGUCUACUCCGUGGUGUUCGUCGUGGGCUUGGUGGGCAACUCGCUGGUCAUGUUCGUGAUCAUCCGAUACACAAAGAUGAAGACAGCAACCAACAUUUAUAUCUUUAACCUGGCUUUGGCGGAUGCUUUAGUUACUACCACCAUGCCCUUCCAGAGCACCCUGUAUCUGAUGAAUUCCUGGCCUUUUGGGGAUGUGCUAUGCAAGAUCGUCAUUUCCAUCGACUACUACAACAUGUUCACCAGCAUCUUCACCCUGACCAUGAUGAGUGUGGACCGCUACAUUGCUGUGUGCCACCCAGUGAAAGCUUUGGACUUCCGCACGCCCUUGAAGGCAAAGAUCAUCAACAUCUGUAUUUGGCUCCUGUCCUCAUCUGUGGGCAUAUCCGCAAUAGUCCUCGGAGGCACCAAAGUCAGGGAGGACACGGACGUCACCGAGUGCUCCCUGCAGUUCCCGGAUGACGACUACUCCUGGUGGGACCUGUUCCUGAAGAUCUGCGUCUUCGUCUUCGCCUUCGUGAUCCCGGUGCUCAUCAUCGUGGUCUGCUACACCCUGAUGAUCCUGCGCCUCCAGAGCGUGCGGCUGCUUUCGGGCUCCCGGGAGAAAGACCGCAACCUGCGGCGCAUCACCAGGCUGGUGCUGGUGGUGGUGGCCGUGUUCGUCGUGUGCUGGACGCCCAUCCACAUCUUCAUCCUGGUGGAGGCGCUGGGCAGCACGUCCCACAGCUCGGCCGCGCUGUCCAGCUACUAUUUCUGCAUCGCGCUGGGCUACACCAACAGCAGCCUGAACCCCAUCCUCUAUGCCUUCCUGGACGAGAACUUCAAGCGCUGUUUCAGGGACUUCUGCUUCCCGGUGAAGGUGCGCAUGGACCGGCCGAGCACCAGCAGGGUCAGGAACACCCUGCAGGACCCGGCCUACGCCAGGGACGGGGACGGGAGGAACAAGCCAGUAUGACUAGUCGUGGAGAUGUCUUCUUAUAGUUCUUCAGGACGAGAAGAGUGCAACGACCUGGGGGUAACCCAGAUUACCACCGCAGUCUGAAUGAAAAGAAGAAUGGCUAAUACACUUUUUGAAAUCUGACGGUCGGAAGUCCUAAGAUGCAGACUGCAGGGGCUUCCAGGUCCGUGGAAACUCGAAGGCUGCAGGGGGUGGGGGACUAAAGGUCCACAAUGCAAACGUGCCCUUCUCCAGUGCUCAGGGGCCAGGCUGAUCCCCCACAAGAAAUAGGCUGUGCCUUCUGGUUACCCACAUUGACUCAGCACCCAUCUCCUGUGGCCUAUGCAAUGUGGUUUCAAAAACUGUUUAAGAAAAAAAGAAAAAAACAUUUCUUCCAGAGCUCCAGAUGUUUAACAGUGACAGAAGCAAUCUCAAAAAGAAGGAGAACCAUUCCCAGGCCUCCGGGCAGCUCCCUAUGCUGAGUGGACUCCUGUUUCAUGGCGGGAACUGCAGCUCAAGUGCCCCUUGGACUCACACCCGAGGCAUCUGAUAUUCACCUUCAGAAGAACAUUAUCUCAAUAUUUAUGAAACUAUUUAAACAUGCAAAAGGUGGUUUUUAACAUAAUUUCUUAAAAACUAGUUUUUUCCCCCUAGCAUGCUAUUCUUUCCUAUUCAUGGUAAUCUUAUGAUAAAGCAUGUUCUGAUGUCAAGAAACAUUAAGUGGUUUGAAUACCACUGCAAAAAAAUAUGUGUAUAUUAAUAGUUUUAUCUGUAAAAAAUGGGCUAUGUGCAAAUAAGGAACAGAUUUGCCUUCUAGCCAGGUGAUUCCCGAGGGCAGGCUGACCGAUAUCCUCUGAGUUAUUAAGAUCUGAUGCCAAGACAUUUUGCUUGAGUUGGUCCUGGCAAAGAUCUCUUUUCAGACUCCCUGGACACCACCCAGUCUUUUAACAGUGCUUGUAAAGCAUGUGCUAAUGAGUGCAAAACCUUUAACUCACUCCCGAGUGGCAGCCUUGGUAGAAUCUGGUUUAUUUGCAGCAUUUUUGAGACUGUAUUGCUGUUACCAGAUUCUCUGUAUUUGUGAGGGAAAGGCUGUUUUGCUUAUGUAGAUCUCGAGAUAUUAUUUUAUGGCUUUCAGCAGAAAGAAUUGUUCCUAAAUGUAUGCUGAAUGAGGACAUUAUGCCCCUGGUGGUUCCUGGAUACGCAUUGCACUGUGAAGGACAUACCUGCUGAGGACAGUGCUGGGAGCAACACAUUUAGAAUAAUUUUACGAAAAUUUUUAGAUGACAUAUAAAUUCCUUCAUUUUUCCCACUGACACUUAUGAUUUCAGAGGUAAUGGCUUUUUAUGUAAUUUGCCUGGAAAGAAAAAAGGAUAAUUUAGAAAUAACAUCCAUUUCUAAGACUAUAUCGUAUUAGGGCAGCAGCCUCUGGAAUUUAAUAGAAAAAUCAAAUGGAAAGCCCUGUACGGCUGCAGACACCACCACAUCUGUGAGUUCCGCUCGCUGUGUAUUUUCUCUCUCCUUUUGGAAACACAAACUUGUUCUGAAGGUUUUACUCGUGGUUUUAUUCUUACCAUAUUUGUCUCUAUUCCAGAUUACCAUGGCACCUAGCAUGGAUGAAUUACAGGGCAGGGACUAUUCCUAAUGGAAAUGAAGGGCUCUGAUGAGUAUUUCUUCCAUUUUAUUGAAAUUCUUAGAUGUCUUUGUAUUGUUAUAACUACAUGCAGCUAGGAUUGGCUUACAUGUUGGUUUGUACAACUCCAUAGUUAAAAAUCUUGGUUAUUAUCUAGGAAAGAUAUCUUUAUAGAGAGUAUUUCCAGAAACAAACCCUCCUGAAACAGGAAAUAUAAAAACCUCUUUACAGAAUACCAAAACCCAGGAAGUUUUCUCGGUAGCUUCUUAGUAUAAAAUACAGUGGAGCUACAAUCGUAGAAUGAAGCCAGAGGGUGCUCUCCUUAGAUUAGCACCUCACGUGCUCCCACAUCUCUAAUUGCUCUUAUUGGAGUCUGAACUUUUUGCCUCAUUUUUUCUGCAUCUCUUCAAAUGUAAGUCUAUAGCACAACUAGAGAGAGAAGUAACACCCGAGAAGGGAUGUGCCUUCCAGUCUUCUCAGUUUUUAUUAAUACCAGCUUCUCCAAAAUGAAAAAGGAGAGAAGAUGGAAAUGUCAUUUCAGGGCACUGCAUAAAGGAAUGAUAAAGAAAGUGAAUCAGAUGAUAGGAAAGACACGACUUACACGAUGUGUUUCUUUGUCAAAGUGUGUGUGCA